ACCUCUAAAAUUGGGAAGGCUCAAGCAGACGCAUGUGUUUGAUGGUGUGCCUAAAACCAAAACAAAAUCUGCAACAAAUUUCCAGUCGUCUUGCUUCUUAAUCACGAGUUUUCCACCAACAAAACUUCACGUCAUGCUCUCUGAUCUCAUCUCCCUCUCACUCUUGCACACCAAAAAUCAGUCCUUCCUUUUUCCAACCAAUUUAAUCCUCAAUCGCACUCAACUUUGACCAUUGGAUCCUGAUUUGAACUUGUAAAACUUCUUCUUCAAGGUAGCUGUUGAGGCGAUAUCGAUUUACAGGAUUGCGCGAUCGAGUGAAUUUUCAAUGACUUCCUUUAGGUUGCCUUGAUGACUAUUGUUUCUUCCCCUAUGAGUUUGGCUGUUUCAACGAGCACGGAGGAUUUCAAGUUUCAACAAUCAGAGUUUGCUGCUUUUGAGCCCCUAAUGGAUGCCAUUAAUGAUCCCUCCGGCAAUUCAAAUCCAGAGAUAGAUGAGAGUGAAAUAGAUUUACUAUCAGUGUCCUGGAACCAGGAUUAUGGUUGUUUUGCUGCCGGGACAACCCAUGGUUUUCGUAUAUAUAACUGUGAUCCUUUUAAAGAAACCUUCAGGCGUGAUCUCAAAAGUGGGGGAUUUGGGAUAAUUGAGAUGCUUUUCCGAAGCAACAUUCUAGCACUUGUCGGUGGUAAAGCUAAUACACAGUAUCCGCCAAAUAAAGUAAUAAUUUGGGAUGAUCAUCAGAGUCGAUGUAUUGGUGAAUUUUCAUUUAGGUCAGAGGUUAGGGCUGUAAAAUUAAGACGUGAUCGUAUUGUUGUUGUUCUUGAACACAAGAUAUAUGUUUAUAAUUUUACGGAUCUGAAGCUUCUACAUCAGAUAGAGACCCUGGCAAAUUCUAGAGGACUUUGUUGCCUCUCGCACCAGGUGAAUACAUCUGUAAUGGCUUGCCCAGGUUUACGCCGAGGACAAGUUAGGGUUGAACAUUUUGGACUAAAUAUGACAAAGUUGAUCAAUGCUCAUGAUUCUCGAAUAGCAUGCUUAACCAUGACAAUGGACGGACUUCUUCUUGCCACCGCUAGCACAAAGGGCACAUUGAUUAGAAUUUUCAACACAAUGGAUGGGACUCGAUUGCAAGAGGUUCGCAGAGGAGUGGAUAGAGCUGAUAUAUAUGGUAUAGCCCUUUCUCCAAAUGUCCAAUGGCUGGCUGUGUCAAGCGACAAAGGUACUGUGCAUAUAUUUAGUCUCAGAGUGCGGGUGGUCAGUGAGGAUCUAUCAACUCAAUCUAAAGCUAUCGACAGUCCAGCACUAUCCCACCAGAAUUCUUCAUCUUCUCUUGAUGCCCUCAUUUCGCCAAGUAUUGGUGCCAACCCUGGUUCUUCGCUAUCUUUCAUGAAAGGGGUGUUGCCGAAGUACUUUAGCUCAGAAUGGUCAUUUGCUCGGUUUCACUUGCCUGAAUCCACCCAGUACAUGUCGGCAUUUGGAUCACAGAACACAGUGAUUAUUGUGGGUAUGGAUGGAAGUUUCUACAGGUGCAUAUUUGAUCCCGUGAAUGGAGGGGAGAUGGUACAGCAUGAGUAUGUACGUUUCCUCAAAACUCAACUCAAGAACCCUACUACUACUACUAGUAGAUAAGUUGACAAACAUUAUUCCCUUCCCUUUCCAUUCGUAGUUGCAAAUUCAGAUUCUUCCCUUAAAAUGUGAAUAUCACCUACUUUACUUGCUUUCUUCUGAAUAAGGAGUUCAGCUUUUAAUC